AUGCUUGCCGCGACGUCGUUCGGGUGGGUGGCCAAGCAGAUCGGCCUGCUGACGGGCGACAAGGCUCGGAGCGCUGUGAGCAUCGAGAACAUCAAGGUCGCGGGUUUGAGGUCGCUCCGUGAUAGCAUGGUCGAUUACAUCUGCCAUCGUGUCGCCGAAAACCGGAUAGCGGCGCCGACUUCAGGCGCCGACGGACCCGCCGAGGGUGCGAUUGAUGACGACGGCGCGGAAAGUCAGACGGCGCCCCAAGCAGCAGCUGCCGCCCAGCGCCAGGAGGACUUGCCGGUGUCCGCGGAAGGAGGAACCGGUGGAGGACUAGGCGACGAUGCGGCAGGCGCAGGGAGGAAGGAAGAGGAGUUGACGGACUCUGGCUCAGAGUCGGAGUCGGAGGGGGAGGAGGAGGACGAAGGGGAGAAGGAGAAUGAGGACGAGGAGGAUGACGAGGGCAAGGACGAGAACGAUGAGGUGGUGGAGGUGGUGGCCGGGAAGGAUGAGGCGGCGCACGAGGAAGGGGUGGAGGAGGAGGUGGAGUACGAGCUGGAGUACGCAGACGGCACGGUUGAGGCGGUGGGGUCGGCGGACGAGAAGAACGAGGAAGCGGAGGAUGGCGAUGCGGGUAAUGCUACGGGGUCGGCAGGUGAGGGGAAGGAAAAGGAUGAGGUCGGCGUGGAGGCAACGACGGAAACGGGCCAGGAGGAGGCGGCAUGCGAAGGUGCGAAGGUGUCGGUCGACGCCGGCGAAGGUGCGAACAUCGCGGGCGUGCAGGAGACGGGGGACGCAUCUGGUCGGCAGGGCCCUGCAACGGACGACGUCGAGGAGCUGCGACGGGAGAACUUGCUGUUGAGGGCGGAGAACGCUCGGCUGCAGGGUUUGCUCGAUGCGGAACGGGCUCGGCUGGACGCGUUUUUUGUUGGGCUACGUGGACUCGUCGACCACCUGAAGGAGUUGGCCGAGCAGGUCGACGACACCGAGAAGUAUGCGGCGGAACAGCUGCGAAACGCGGCGGAGGCCAUGUCGCAGACCAUCACGGGCAACAUCACCGGCAGCUUCGACGAGGCGUGGAAGACGAUGAAGACCUUCGCGGAACAGGCGUCGGCGUGGCUGGAGGACUUCGACAACCCGGAGGGAAAUGUGGCGUAUCAACGCGCCUUAGCGGUCACCACCUUGGCCGACCACGUCGACAAGGUGGUGGGCGAUGCGCAGGAGGAUUUGCGGGAGCACAUCACGAGCCAGUUGUCCGCCGCAGCUGUCAACAUCGCCACAGCUGUGACCGGCAGGCUCCCCGUGCAGCCGCCGCCACCGCCUCAGCCCACGCCGCCCGCCCUCCCGGAAGAGCUCUUGAAGUCGUUCAAGGCCGACAUCAUGAAGACGGUGACGGAGGCCACCGAGCAGUCGUUCGUUGCGUCCGGGAUGAAGAUGUUGACCGAGAUGAUCGGCACGGUGGCGCCUGGUCGACGUGGGUCGUCGCCUUCGGCCAAUGACGCCGACGCCGCGCAACAGAGGGCGGCCGACAAGCAAGGCCUGAAGAGGUCGGGCGACGGUGACGACAAGGAGAGCUCGAAGCGGAGCAAGGGAUCGGACGGGAGCCGCGUCACGAAGCCUCCUGCGCGGAGCGUGGUCGACAUGCUGAAGGCGAAGGGGUGGAAGGUGAGGGGAGGGUCGACCAGCAAGGGAAGCGGAAGCGGGGGGGCGGACGGGAGACUUGCCGACGGGAUCGCGGCUUUCGUCGCAGUCGGCAAGCCUUUCCUCCACCACUGCUUGUGA